AUGAAGACCAGCAAAGUGAAGGACAGUAUCAGCAGGGCUUGCUCUUGCAAAACAGAGCUGCCAGCCAGCCCCCAGAAAACAAAGCAAAGCCCUACCAUGCCUACCUGGAUGCUGCUGUUCUGCUUGCUUUGUGUGACUAGCUCCAACCUCAGUUCUGCCUUAGAGGACAACUGCAAGACCUUCUCCACCACAUUGCCCAACAUGCUCCGAGAACUUCGAGCAGCCUUCAGCAGCGUGAAGACAUACUUUCAAACGAGAGACAAGCUGGAAACCAAAUUGAUAGACAAAUCUUUGCUGGAAGAAUUAAAGAGUUACCUGGGCUGCCAGGCCUUGUCAGAGAUGAUUAAGUUUUACCUGGAGGAAGUGAUGCCUCGGGCAGAGGAGAACGAACUGGAUGUCAAAGAGGACGUGGGCUCCUUAGGAGAGAAAUUGAAGGCACUGAGACUGAGGCUCAAGCGAUGUCACAGAUUCCUCCCCUGUGAAGACAACAGCAGGGUUGUCAAGCAAGUCAGGAACACCUAUAAGGAGCUCCAGGAACAAGGAGUCUACAAAGCAAUGGGGGAUUUUGACAUAUUCAUCGGCUACAUGGAGGAAUAUUUGACGAUGCAUAUCGGAAAAUGAGAGAUCCUACAGACCAGGAAAACCAAAAUGGUGCCUCUGUUAGAAACUGUGGAACAAAAUAAGACACCUCCACAUUUACAUGCCAGGGUUCCAUGGAAGCCUAGCCAGGAUUUGGAAACGCCAGUGACACCUCUUCCUCUCAUCCCUUGGGCUAUUUAUUACCUUAAUUCAAUACCUCAUCUAGCAUCUCUAUUUAUUUAUCAAACUUCUCUUUGAACUAUUUAGAAAGAAGAUUAUUUCUUUUAUUUUUUAAACUAUUUAUUGUUUGUAUCUGUUAAAUUGUAUAUCCAUAGGAUAACAUCCUAUGUAUUUUUAAAAACAGGUUAUAGACUACACGUAUGUAUACAUGUGUAUGUGUAUGUUUAUAUACAUAUGUACAUGUAUUUGACUUCUUUUUUCAAGACUAAUGGAUUCCACUUUCUCACCAGUCAAAUUUUUGUCCUUUUUCUGGAUCCCUUCACCUAGGAUUUCAGGAUCCUAGAAGCAGAGCUAUAACAGAGUUUAGGGGUUAUCUAAUCCAACCCCUUCAUUUUGUGGAGAAGGAAAUUGUGAUCCAAGAGGCUUAAUUGUUUACCCAGGAUCGCAGAGUUAGAAAAUGGCAGAGUAAGAAUUUCAACCCAGAGCCUCUGACACCAAGUCCAGCAUGAGCUCCAGAGCACCAUGUAUCAACCUCGUGGACCUGCUGUCAUCAUAAGUUCUUUUUUCUCCUUCAGAAAGGGGAACUGGCAAAUGCCUUGGGCAACCGUACCAAUAAUCUGAUUCAUGCUCAAGAGGGACUUCAGGGUUUUUUUCCUUAAUUGUCUUGAAAUCCCAUCACAGCACAGCUCCCCUUUAUCAUACCCCAUUUGUGUCUGCUAUGUGCUUCAUUCUUGGAGGCCACAGACUGUAUUUUAUUUUAAAUGACCUGAUUUUGGUUCUAAUAGAACUCAGUUUUAAUUCUAAGAGCUAUAAAAUUCCUCUGGGAAUUGCAGGGUAUAAUUUUGUAUGAGAAUUUUAUUUUGUAAUAAAA